GCGUGCGCCCUGAGAGACGCACGGAGCCAGAGGCACAGCGAGGACUCACAGAGGAGCUGACGGAGCGUUAAUGAGACACUGGGCCAGAGUCACAGGGAUGCAGAUUGUAGUCACACUCCACCACUGUUCUCAGGUCUGAUCUGUGGAACUCCAGAGCGCGGACACUGGGACCGUUCCCCCCCCUCCUAAUUUUUUUUUGUUUCACAAAACAAACUUUUAGUGGAUUAAUUUAUUCGCAGAAAUGGGAUUGGAACGGUUUUGCGCAAAGACGCCGAGGAUGGCGGCUCGUCUCUCCCGCUCGCUGCUGUGUAUCGUCGGGCUCUCGCUCACCCUCUCCGCCUGCGACGCGUUCAACUUGGACGUGGAGAAUCCAGCUGUUUACAGCGGAGCUCCGGGGAGCUACUUCGGAUAUGCCGUGGACUUUUAUUUGGCCAAUUCCUCCAGUGCCAGCGUGGUGAUAGGAGCUCCCAAGGCCAGCACGAGGCAGGUCAAUGUGACAGAAGGAGGAUCUGUGUUCUACUGUCCGUGGAGCCACAACCAAACGGAUUGUCACACCAUCGACUUCGACACGAAAG